AUGAGUGCCCCUACUAAGGGCAUGAACACGCUGACAGUCCCUCGUAAACGUCGAGGGUCUAUGAACACGUUAACUGUCCCGGCCCAAGGCGGCCAGCAACAACAGAGGUUCGCAAAUGCUCACACUCUGCCUCCUAAGGAUAAGUCGGCCGUAGACGCCCAAGCGGCUGAGGGUUACUUUACUGUUAGAGGCCAGCUGACGACUAAGGGGGUUUUCUGGGACCAGUUCAAUGAUAAUACACAGACUGUCAAUGCAGGUCGAACUCGUAUGGAAAGCGGCUAUGGAUACUUGAAUGCUUUGACCAGUAUGUCCAAGGAAAGAGCCGGCACUGUGCUGCGUAGUCAAAGCGGAUUGGAUAUUGUUGAACUCAAAGAGCUUGAGGAAGGCGGUGGUGCCGCUGCUGCUGCAAAGCACGAUACGGAUGAGACUAGUCCGACCUUGUCCAGGGAUCGCAGUAGCGAUUGGGAGGCGAGACCAAGACGGACGGAUGCUAUCAAGAGCUUCCUCUUGAGGUCCUUGGGCACUCUUGGUAUUAUAUAUGGUGAUAUUGGUACUUCACCGUUAUAUACAUUAUCGACUAUUCUGGGUUGCAAUACAGAUGCCCCUUCUAAGUAUCAAUGUGUGGUUGUGGAUGGAGUCACCCCAGAUGUAGCUGAGGACAUCAAGAGUGUCCUUAGUGUUAUCGUAUGGGCAUUACUGUUUAUUGUGUGUAUCAAGUACGUCGGUGUGGCCUUCCGUUUCGACUAUCAUGGUGAGGGUGGUAUAUUCUCUUUGCUGCUGAAGAUAGUGCACGAGAGCAUUCACAAGGUUGGUACUAAAACAUUGAUCCUCUGCACUGUAUUGGCUACUACUGGUGCUGCGAUGAUGUGUGGUGAUGGUCUUAUUACCCCAGCAUUGAGUGUGCUAAGUGCAGUAGAAGGUCUAGCUACUGAUAAGCUGUUCUCGCCGAGUGGGGUACAGAUAGUUAAAGAUUUGGUUGUCCCUGUGACCCUAAUCCUACUACUACUGUUGUAUUCACUACAGUUCUUGGGACCGUCGAAAGUUGGUAUUGCGAAUGGGCCUAUUACAAUGUGUUGGUUUAUACUCAUUGGCGGUGUUGGAAUAUAUAACCUCACCAUCUACAAUCAAUGGAUGGUUUUGGUCGAUGCUAUUAACCCGUACUAUGUGUAUUAUUUCUGGGUUAAAUCGAGCUUCGCGGGCUAUGGUGCAUUCCAACGCUUUGGUGAUGUGGUGCUGGCAGUAACUGGUGCGGAGGCGCUGUUUGCUGAUAUGGGCCAUUUUGGAAGAGGACCUAUUAUGCUCUCUUGGUUCGGACUGGUACUCCCUGCACUUAUAUUCUGCUACACUGGACAGGCAGCAUACGUUCUGUCCAUCGGAACCCAGGCUGCUGCUAGUAACCCAUUCUGGGCUGCCACGCCUAAUGCCUUAUAUAUUGUUAUGUUGAUCUUUGCAACUAUUACGACCAUUAUCGCUUCUCAAGCUAUGAUCACUGGUUGCUUUGGCCUUAUCAAUAUGGCAGUCUCUCUGGACCUGUUCCCUCGUGUGAAGGUUGUAAAUACUAACCCCAAGGAGAAAGCCCAUAUUUACAUCCCUGAAGUCAACUUCCUGCUUGGCCUCGGUACCAUUAUAUUGGUUUUGGCCUUUCGGUCAAGUGGAGCCCUUACCGGUGCUUAUGGUGUUGCUGUACUAUUCACGUUCAAUAUGAGCACUCAACUGUAUGUGCAAGUGCUGCAUCGUGUGUAUGGAUGGAACUUCAUCUUGGCAUUCAGUUGCCUAAUACCGUUUAUGGUGGUCGAUGGAACUCUGCUUGUUUCAAACCUGUAUAUGAAAAUGGAUGAGAACGGUUGGGUGACGAUACUAAUAGCUGUAGUAUUGCUCGUAUUCAUGUUAACUUGGCGUUACGGGAGGUAUGCUACUGGUAAGGCAUAUAACGAGUUGGCCGCCCAGGAGGGAGCCUUGUCGAGUUUGUCGGGUCUGGUACUGCAGCAGCAAGCGGGAACGUUGAGGUUGAGCCCGGGUACUGGUGUAUUUAUGAGCCCUACUGAGGAGAAGUUAAAGGGAGAGUCUUUGCCAGCUGCGCUCUCGUUGUACAAUAGGAUUACUAAUGGAGUUCAUCAAAGAACGGUUUUACUAAGCGUAUCGUUUAACACACUGACCCCGUUCGUGGAUCAAAGCCAACGCGUGGAGGUUGAGAGACUGUCGGAACAUAUUUGGGCGGCUCGUGUUACCUUUGGCUAUGCAGAGCCGCUGUCAGAGCUCAACAUGGGCGAAGUGGUUCGUGAUACUAUUCUGCCUAUUAUAAAGCAGAACGUGGCUAAUGAUGAAACCGUUCAUCGUCGUAGACCACAGGCAGCAUCUCAGCAAUUGGAUAUGUUAUUCUCGGAGGAAAGGAAUGAAGAGGCGGAGCAGAUGUUGGCUAAGGAGGCUAUCGAUGGAGAGCAGGGUUAUGAUGAAGCUGAUAAUCUCUGGUUUUACAUUCACAGAGAAAAAACCAUGUCAAAACCAGGGUCGAAUAUUUUACGUAGGAUAGUGAUAUCUAUGUACGCGGGAAUAAUCGGCAUCACUCGAGACCCGGCUCAGUUCUUCGGCCUGCCUAUGGACCUUGUGAUUCAGCUCGGUGAGGUAUUGAAGAUGUAGUGCUGAGUUGAUAUAAGCAUAGGAUUCUGUAAUUACCUAUUUAUAGUGGCUGAUGACGACCUUAGCAGCAGCAGCAGUAGCCUAAUCUUCGUCAUUACUAUGUUACCAAACUUAUAUCAUUCACAAGCUUUUGCCGGCUUCGACGACGUUCCUUUA